CCUCUUCCUCCUCCUCCUCUUCCUCCUCUUCCUCCACCUCCUCCUCCUCUUCCUCCACCUCCUCCUCCUCUUCCUCCUCCUCCUCCUCCUCCCCCGGAUCCAGUCUUCAUCCAACUCGACCUUGCGAUGCUCUGAUUUGGACCUCGGGGAUCAGCCUGGAGUCCUGGUGCCAUGAGACCUUGAGAAGAAGAAGAUCUGAUCUUCAUCACCAGUAACAAACAUCUGUGUGAUCCAGUUUCUCUCUCCACAUGGCACCAACUCACAGCCAAGUCAAACUUUGCUCGAGUUGAUCAGGAUCAUUUUUCUGUUCUCCACCACCCUCCUCCUCUUCCUCCUCAUCCUCCUCCUCCUCAUCGAGCCCUCGACAUGUCCGAGCGUGACGGAGGUGGAGACGACGGAGCUCCGGACCUCAUCCCGCCGAGGGCGCCCCGCGGCCGGCGCAGCGGCGUGGUCCUCCCGCCCGGCGCCGGCCCGGACACCGACACCAUCCUGCUGGAGUCCGUGAAGGCGGCGCCGCGUCGCAGCAGCAUCAUCAAGGAUCCCUCGGUGCAGAAAGUGGGCGGAGGCAGGAAGAAGACGGUGUCCUUCAGCAGCAUACCGUCUGAGAAGAAGGUGAGCAGCGCAGCAGACUGCCUGGCCUUCAUGCAGGGCGGCUGUGAGCUGAAGAAGAUCCGGCCCAACUCCAGGGUCUACUGUCGUUUCUACACCCUGGACCCCGACCUGAGCUGCCUGCGCUGGGAGCCGUCCAAGAAGGACGGGGAGCGAGCUCGGCUGGACGUGUCCACCGUCCGGGAGGUCCGCACCGGGAAGAGCACGGAGACCUUCCUCCACAACGGCCCUCUCUCCGAGCACCUGGCGGAGGAGGCGGCCUUCUCCAUCAUCCAUGGAGACGACUACCAGUCUCUGGACUUGGUCGCGUUGUCCGCCGACGUGGCCAACAUCUGGGUGACGGGCCUCCGCUACCUGUUGGCCCACCCGUCGGUGAUCGGCGGUGCUGGGGGUGGAGGAGGGGUCGGGGGGAUGGGUGAAGGAGGGGGCGUGACCGUAGAAGGAAGCCUGGGCAGCAAGAUGAGGAGCGAGUGGCUGACGGCGGAGUUCGCCCAGGUGGACGAAGACGGCUACGGCAUCGCGUCGGAGGACGUGGCCGUCGCCACCAUCUGCAAACUGUGUCCCGGCAUCAAGGAAGCCAAGGUGCGACUGCGUUUUAAGGAGAUCCAGCGCAGCAAGGAGAAGCUUACGUCCCACGUGACGCUGGAGGAGUUCCAGGAGGCGUUCUGCGAGCUGUGCACGCGGCCCGACGUCUACUUCCUGCUGGUGCAACUGUCCAAGGACCGCGAGUGUCUGGACCCGCAGGACCUGCGCCUCUUCCUGGAGACGGAGCAGGGCUUGUCUCUGGCGACGGCCGAGGGCUGCUGGGAGCUGCUGAAGCGCCACGAGCCGUCGGCGCAGGGCCGCGAGAGGGGGCUGCUGGGCCUGGACGGGUUCGCUCGCUACCUGCAGUCGCCCGAGUGCCAGCUGCUCGACCCGGAGCACCUGGGGGUUUGUCAGGACAUGAACCUGCCUCUGUCCCACUAUUACAUCAGCACCUCGUACCGCUCGUACCUGCUGGACGACCAGGUCCACGGCAGAGCCGACCUGGGAGGGCUGAUCAAGUCGCUGCAGUCCGGCUGUCGGUGCCUGGAGCUGGGAGUGACCGACGGCCCCGAGGGGGAGCCUCUCCUCGGGGUCGACUACGGUCCAGACAUCCCGCGCCACCAUCACCACCACCACCACCACCAUCUCCACCACGCACCGGUGACCAUCCGCUCCGCUCUGGAGGUGGUCAACAAGUACGCCUUCCUCACCUCCCAGUACCCGCUGCUGGUGUACCUGUGUCAGCGCUGCUCCCCUGGCCAGCAGCGCACCAUGGCUCAGCACCUGAAGAAGGUGUUCGGCUCGCGUCUCUACACCCCGGAGGCGCUUCCUGUCAGCCUGGGAGGGCGAGCGAUGACCCUCCCCUCCCCCGAGCAGCUGAAGGGACGCAUCCUGAUCGUGGGGAAGAAGCUCCCUCAGGAGCAGCAGGGCUCGGACGGCGAGGUGUCCGAGGAGGACGAGGAGAUCGGAGGAGGAGGGCCUCUGGCGGGACGGCGGAUGACCAUCCCCGGCGAGGAGGAACUGGGCGUGGUCCUGGUGGUGCCUCCACCCUCUCAACCCAGGAAGCUCCGUCUCCACAAAGAGCUGUCGGACCUGGUGGCGAUCGGUCGGACCGGCAGCCGCAGCUUCUACGCCCAAAGAGCCAGCAACAAACUGACCCAGCAGCAGUCGCCCCCCAGCAGCCCCUCCUCCCCCGGCACGCCGCUGCCGCCCGAGCCGCCUUACUGGACCCUGUGCUCCCUGGGCGAGGGGGAGGCCGGGCGGCUGACCAGCGAGAGCCCAGAGGACCUGGUCAUGUUCACCAAGCGCACCCUGUCCCGGGUGCGGCCCAGCUCGGUGCGUCUGGACUCCAGCAACCCCAAUCCGCAGGGCUACUGGAAAGGAGGCGUCCAGCUCGUGGCCUUGAACCAGCAGACCCCCGGCGCCAUGUUGGACCUGCACCGCGGUCGCUUCUCGCAGAACGGAGGGUGCGGCUACGUCCUGCGACCGGCCGUGAUGAGGGACGAGGUGUCGUACUUCAGCGCCCACACGCAUGGAUGCGUCCCGGGAGUUCCUCCUCAGACGCUGCGCGUCAAGGUCAUCAGUGCCCACAACCUGCCCAAGCCUCAGGGGUCGGGGGCCAAGGGCGAGGUCAUCGACCCCUACGUGGUCCUGGAGCUGCACGGCGUCCCGGCCGACUGCGCCGAGCAGCGCACACGCACGGCCGCUCAGAACCAGGACGACCCGCUGUUCGACGAGACCUUCGAGUUCCAGGUCAACAUGCCGGAGCUCGCCCUGCUGCGCUUCGUGGUGCUGGACGACGACUACAUCGGCGACGACUUCAUCGGCCAGUACAGCGUCGCCUUCGAGUGCCUUCAGCCCGGCUACCGCAACGUGCCCCUGCUGGGCCUGGCGGGAGACCCCUUGCCCCACGCCAGCCUGUUCGUGCACGUGGCCGUCACCAACCGGCGAGGAGGCGGCAAGGCCCAGCGGCGGGGCCUGUCGGUGAGGAGGGUCGGGCGGCGGGGGAGGGAGUACGUCGCCCUGAGGCACACCAGCAUCAAGGCAGUGGACGAGACGUUCAAGGCGGCCGGCGCCCCCCUGAGGGAGGCGGCGGACCUGCGGGAGGACGCUCAGAGCACCACUGCCAGUUUCAAAGAGCAGUGUGGGCUCCCCACGGUGGCCAAGCUGAAGCAGUGCAUCCAGAGCCUGGCCACCAGGCUGCAGGGGCCCGAGGGCCCCGCGGGGGCCACCAUGGUGCUGAGGGAGGGCUACCCGUGUCUGGAGGCCGUGGCCAACCUGUCGGAGCCGACGCGCAAACUGCUCAGCGCCUACGACACGAUGAUCGCUGCCCAGAAACAGCUGAUCGAGAACGCAGACGGCGUCCAGGAGCGGAUCGCCCAGGUGCAGAGAGAAGGUAUGGACUUCCACGAGGAUCUGUCCCGGCUCGGGGACAAGGACGGACUGAAGGGACGCAAGCUCAGUAAGGCUGUGGAGAGUUUCACCUGGAACAUCACCGUCCUCAAGGGUCAGAGCGAUCUGUUACGGGGGGCGAAGGUGGACUCCCUGGACGCCCUGCGGCAGCUGGCUCUGGCCUGUGAAGCCUGCGGACUCACCUGCUCCACCAGCUGCUCCUCGUCCUCCUCCGCCUUCUCCGCGGCCGAGCUGCACUACACCUCCCACCCGCUGUCCGUCCGCCGCAGCAGCACGCACGGCAACGGGCGCAUUUGACGACCUCUGACCUCCUUGACCCCCCCGGGGUCCAGCGGGCUGCCACAGACGGGGGGGGGGGGGGGGUGAGAGGGAGGACGACAGAGAGAUGGAAGAGUGUUUCUCUUCCCCCAGAACAGAUCCGUCUGUCCGUCAGAAGCCUUCCAUCCACUCAUCACGCAACACCAGCGUUUCCAUGACUGUCCCGAACUCCGUGGUGGAAAAAGCAGAAGAAGCGGAAAAACCUCGGAAAACUUUUGGACAGCUCCUGCGUACAUGUGUUUGGGGUUUGACUCAGCAGGUUUGAAUAAUAAUAAUGAUGUUGACCGUGACGGUGUUUACAGUCCUGUGGGUGUUUCAGACGUGGAGCUGGUGGAUCAUUAUCCUGCCUCGAAGACCCGUGUGUGUGUGUGUGUGUGUGUGUGUGUGUGUGUGUGUGUGUGUGUGUUUGCCAGGCUGCGAAUGGAAGUAAUAAAUUGUCUAAGUCCAGAUUUGAAGUAUAAUACUACAUUUUUAAAACCCACAAACGUGUUUUGUCUUCAGAUGAACUGCAGGUGACAGAGCUCUGUCCUCCUGCAUGUUACAGGGUCGAAAAACUCUGACUUAUUUUAGGAUUGACUGAAGACAUAACAUCAACUCUCGGUGGGCGUCAAUACUUCUCAAGUCAUUUCUGGAUGAAUCUGAGGACCAUAUCCAAAUCUCCGACAGUUAUUAAGGAGGUUUGUCCUUGUGCAAGAAAUCAAAUGAAUUCUAAACAUUUGUCCGAUUUGUCCAGUUCUCUCGCUGGAUAUUUCCAGAUUGUUUGAAUUUCAUAACAAAAGCUGAGCUCUCCAGCUGUUAUCUGGUUGUGUGAGUCCUGUGUGAGUUACUCAUGUAACUGCUACUGUACAGUCGUGUAUUGUGUGAAAAAGGCAGCGGACACACACACACAGGUCAAGGGUCAAGGUUAUCUCCCCUCCUCGGUAACGCGAGCAGCGACGUGUGGUGGAGGACAAGACGCACGAUGUAACUGGAGGCGUGUUGAUACUGUAGUACAACAUGUCUGCUGAAGUACAUGUGUGGAUCACGUUACCUCCUCGCGACACCUGACAUGUAGAGUUCGUACGCACGCGUGUGUGUGUGUGUGUGUGUGUGUAGAACCGACAGAUUCCUGCAGCGUUGAUGAGGAUGUAGCAAUAAGAGGCUGUGUAACUCAGUGAACUGACUGAAUGACUGAAAACAACGUGACUAACUUUACAACUCAGUGACGCUUCGAACGUAUUUUAAAAACAACACGGUGACCAGGUGUUUCCUGUUGGUGGCGCUGUUCCUCUAAAGCCUUUGAGUGUAACCGUGUGUGUGUUUCUUCUUAGCUUUUGUACUCUUGUAUCUCGUAAUGCUGCGUUUCAACCAAACUUAACAACAGUAACCACCAACACACGGGAGCGAGCUGUAACCAGAGGAGGACACACCUGGUUGAAUGUGGUCACACGUCGCCCUUCUCUCCGCGGCUGCUUCUCUGAGGAUCACGUGUCUCAGAAAUACGUUCAUCGCCGAAAGAAAAACCAUACGCUAAAGUGGAUGAUUGGAUUCAAGUUCUUGUGCACAGCAGGAACAUGUUGAACAGCUGAUUUGGACAAAGAGUUUGAACAAAGAGUUGGAACGAAGAGUUGGAGCGAAGCAGUCGCGCAGCUCGAGGGAUCGUCCUGACGUGUCGGAUGUUUGGUUGUGGCCGGUCACACGUCGUCCUCAGCUCGUGCUCGUGCAGCGUCACUUGUUUGUUCCCUCUCAUUCAUCUACACAUUCUUCUUUUCCCCCUUUGUGAAACCAUUAAGCCCUCGCUCUUCCUCUUCUCCAUCCCGCUCCUCCUCCUCCUCCUCUUCCGGAGGCUGCAGGUGGGGAGCGACACAGCUGAGUCACUCACAGCCAGAGGAGGGGGUUGACCUAAUAACAUUUCCAUGCCAGUGAUUUUGUGUGUGUGUGUGUGUGUGUGAGAGAGAGAGAGAGAAAGAGAGAGAGGAUACACUUCUAAAAGUAGAAGACAUGUAUGGUGGAGAGAGCAAAGGUCGAAGGAUAGAAUAAAAAGAAGAAGACAGUGUCUGACACUGGAUUGACUUCAGGUUGCGUGUGUGUGUUUGUUGUGUGUGUGUGUGUGUGUGUGUGUGUGUGUGUUGGGCGAGCUCACCUGCGGAGCCUCAUAAUUGGCUGUGAGCACUCGACAGAGUGACAGCACCUGCUGUGUUGGUCUAUUAAUAAUCGUCCUGACUCACUGGAGGCUCGGGGAUGUGUGUGUGUGAGUGUGUGUCUCAGUGUGUGUGUGUGUGUGUGUGUGUCAUGACACCACGGUGCCCUCGUUCCUGCAAACAGCCUCUCUCCUGCUCACACAGUCAAGUCACUGCCAAACCACUUCCGCCAUUAUUUCCUCCUGAAAGCAGCGACUGCGGCGUCGGCGUCGGCCUCCGCUGAGAGGAGACGCCGACCUCGGUCAGAGAUCUGUUUCACCUGCAGGUCCCCGACCUCUCUCUCUGCAUUAAAGAUGCAUCGGCUGCAGUAAAACAAGCCUCAGUUUUAUCUUUCUGUGUUCCUGUUUACAUGCCUACGGACACGACGGGGAGCACAAGUGGGUCAGAGAGCGAACAGGCGACGGAUGUACUCCACCAGGGGUCACAGACAGUAGAAGGGGUCAGCUUUCAGUAAUUAGGUAAAAGCUCAUAGUUGGAAUAAUUCAUCAGGCCGGUACUCUAUUCACAAAGAGGAUCGACUGUCCAACACGUCAUCACCAAGGUGACAGUCGCUUUUCUCUCUCAGUGGUGAGUCGGUAUGACGUAACACCUGAGCCGCUCCCUCGUCGCCCGAUGAUCCAAAAGGAACCAGACCUGUGAUCCGUCAGUGAACAAGUCACCGACUCUGCCCGAGCUUCUCAGCAGCUCGCGCUUUCAUGAGUUUUCAUUUGCAUUAUUGUAAAACGAUGACAUAACUUUUAUGUAAAAACUAAAGCGCGAUGUUCACGGUGAUGGAUCUCAUAUUGGAGGCGAGUUUCAUGGAUUCACGUGUUUGUUAAGUUUGGUUAAACUUGCAGAAACACCACUUUGAUCCUUUGAAACAUUUUAAAGACGAGGUUUCAGGAACAAACCCCGUCUCUCACACUCUGCUUCAUGUCUCGCUGCGCUUUGUUUCCCCCCCCGACACUUUACCUGAUGACGACGUGUUCAUUCUGCAGUAUUGACAAAAAAAGAAGAAUGUUUAGCUCCGCGGUCGGCGGCUCGCUCACUCACUCCAGUGCUUUAAUACGACGACGCUCAGUAGAUUCAUAUCUCAUCUUUAACCCAAAUGCUGCACCAGGACGGAUCCCAGACGGAUCCCUGAUGGACAGAUCCCUGAUGGACAGAUCCCUGACGGAUCCCUGACGGAUCCCUGAUGGAUCCCUGAAGGACAGAUCCCUGACGGAUCCCUGAUGGACAGAUCCCUGAUGGAUCCCUGAAGGAUCCCUGAUGGACAGAUCCUUGAUGGAUCCCUGAUGGACAGAUCCCUGAUGGACAGAUCCCUGAUGGAUCCCUGAAGGAUCCCUGAUGGACAGAUCCUUGAUGGAUCCCUGAUGGACAGAUCCCUGAUGGACAGAUCCUUGAUGGAUCCCUGAUGGACAGAUCCCUGAUGGAUCCCUGAUGGACAGAUCCCUGAUGGACAGAUCCCUGACGGAUCCCUGACAGAUCCCUAAGGGAUCCCUGAUGGACAGAUCCUUGAUGGAUCCCUGAUGGACAGAUCCCUGAUGGACAGAUCCCUGAUGGAUCCCUGAAGGAUCCCUGAUGGACAGAUCCUUGAUGGAUCCCUGAUGGACAGAUCCCUGAUGGACAGAUCCUUGAUGGAUCCCUGAUGGACAGAUCCCUGAUGGAUCCCUGAUGGACAGAUCCCUGAUGGACAGAUCCCUGACGGAUCCCUGACAGAUCCCUAAGGGAUCCCUGAUGGACAGAUCCCUGAAGAGUGGACGAGACCAUGUUUUCAGUUUGCAGUGUGAGGGAUGAUGAGGGUGGUCGACUGAUCCGGUGUGUCUCUGUUAACCCACAUGUCUUAACCCCGGAGCUCUACUUCUCUGUGCUCUUCAGUGUGUGUGUGUGUGUGUGUGUGUGUGAUGUUACUUAUACCGUCGCAAACCAGUGAUCAAAUAGUGAUUAACAAUCAUUUGAAUAAUUCGGAGAGUUGUUUAUAUAUUUGCCAUAGUGACGUGGACAAAGUUUGUAUUUUGGAAAUGUGUUAAAAAGUUAUUUCUAGGUUGUAUAUUAAUUAACUUCUGCAGUGCGUCUGUGUCGGCUUGUGUCUUCACCGCGGAACCUUUAACCCCCAGUGUCGUCUCCUCUACUGUUCUGACAGUCACUGUACGUUUCAUUGUAAAAUACAGAAGAAGAAGAAAAAGAGAGAGAGACAAGAAGAAGAAAAAAUAUUUAUUGAAGUGUGUUUUAAAAACCAUAAAUAAAUAUAAUUGAUUAAAUGGACCUUGCUUUUAUUUUGAAAAGCUACUGUGUUUUCUAUCUUACAAGUAAUCAGAUAUAACAAGAGUACAGUAUGUAUCCCAGAUUAAUAAAGUUAUCUUUUACUGACCACGCCCCCUCGUUGCGUCUACUUUAUGUGAUGCACGUAUCAUCUCUCUGAGAAAAUGUUUCUUUCAAGAAGAUAUAUUAAUAUUUAAUUUGUUUAUUAGCUCGAUUAAUCACUUAACUGUUUCCUAAAGCUCAUGGUGACGACUUCAGAUUUAUUUUUAACAGUCCAAAAUCCAAAGAUAUUCCGUUUGCUGUCAUGUGUGACAAAGAAAAGCAUCAAAUAUGCAUUUGAGAAUUAAGGAAAAGAAAAAAAAAGGAUAUAAAUAUAUAUUUUCCCAUUUAAAAAAUACUCAAAAUAAUAAUUCAAUCAUUAAAGUAGUUGCUGAGACGUUUUCUGUUGAUUGACAAUAAAUUGUUGAUGAAGCUUUUAUUAUAGGCAGAUAAUAUAUAUAAGAUAUUUGACAGCAUAUAAACAUUAGUGAUGCAUAUGUUAAUAAUUCUAACGCAUUAAAAGAAAUAUGAAUAGGCCAGUCUUCAUCUUGUGAUGGGUAUUUUACUUGUACAGUUUGAUCAUAAUACUUUUCAAUACAUGAUGUUAACUUGAAACAGAUUAUUGUUUUCACGAGUCAAACUGUCUGCUGUGAAAUAAAAGGUUUGUUGUUGGUAAUGAGA